CCGACCUUUAAAAACCCUGCACACGAUCUCGACUCCGAGGCGACUGCGGGGCAUUAAUUACUCUUUCCAUAGGCCGAGAAAUUGCCAUGGCUGCCCAGUGGCCCCCUCGGUCACCACACGAGGUCCUCCUCAGCACGCCGAGCGGGCGCGAGAAGCUACGGAGAAUGGCGGACCGCACAUCACCUUCGCCGUCGCCGUCACGACUAAGAACAACACGGUCGACCUCUGUCCUCGCUUCCAGGGCAGGGAAGCAAGACAGCGAGGAUGUCGACAUGUUCGACGGAGGGGAUCCAGACGGAGAAGAAGAAGAAGAGGAGGAGGAGGAUGAGGAGACCUUGAAACUCAAACUCCAGGCAAUCCAGGCCCGAUUGAGACUCAAGAAACUUCGGGCCGCCAAGGCGCAAAAGAAGGCGGCGGCAGCGCUAGGCCCAGGGUCAGGACCAGGACCAGAACCAGAGCGAGAGCAACGAGCAAUAGACGGCGCGGGAAUGAGGGAGGUCCCUUUACAAUCAAAGCUCGCGGCGGUGCGAGACAGACUGGACAAGCAGGCGUCUCGAGACACCGUGCAGAUACCCGCCUCGCCGGUCAAGAAAUCUCAGACUACCUCAGAUUUACAGACCUCGCCGCAAAGGGUGCUUCUUGGGAUUGACAAGGGACUAAGGGGUGCCGACGUGUCCCUCAAGAGGGCCCCGAGUCAGAAGGCAGGAGCCGACUCCCAAUCGAGCCAGCAAGGGGGCUAUCUGCGGCGCGCAAAAUCGUCCUUGGACGGGCAGCAACAGGAAGCAGCCCGGCCGCUGAGUUUCAACGAGCGGCUCGCGGCUGCAAGAUCUGAGGAGAUUGCUCGACAAGAAAGGCGGCAAAGAGCAGAGAAAGCACGGAGUACCGCCUUCAGCGUCGGGAAGCAAGAGAUGGAAGAGUACAAGGCCAAGGCGCUUGACCUCCCCGACAUCCCUUCGAAGCCGCAGGAGUUUUCGAGAGAGGAGAUUCUCUCAGCAGCAAUGGGGCGACCAUCUGGAGGCCGACUCCAGCGCAGCAAUACUGUUCCCAGCAUGCGGCAAGGCGCCGCCUCGACUUUCCCGUCGACAACAACUACCACAGCGAACGUUGACUUGGAGGGAGGGGCUUUCGAGCCGUAUUCGGGCUUGCACCUGUCGAAGCGCAUAUUGCCACACAACGUUCUGGCCCGCGCCGUUUCGGGGAAGAAGUCAUACCUCCUCAAAGACUUGCUCCGCCAAGUUAAGGCGCCCGGCUGGUCGCUGCCAGACGACGAAACAGACAUUGUCGUUUUCGCCAUCAUCGCUAGCAAAUCCGAUCCGCGGAGCCAUCGCGCCGGGCCCGAGAGCGAUGGUAAACCACGGCAGGACCGCGGCAAGUACAUGGUACUCACGCUUGUCGACCUGACAUACGAGGUCGACCUCUUCCUCUUCAACUCGGGCUUCGACCGGUUCUGGAAGCUGACCCCGGGCACUGUCGUGGCCAUCCUGAACCCGGGGAUCAUGCCGCCACCACCAGGGCGCGAAGCGACCAACCGGUUCGGGCUCGUCAUCAACUCGGACGAGGACACGAUCCUCGAGAUCGGCAACGCGCGCGACAUCGGCUAUUGCAAGAGCAUAAAGAAGGACGGCUCUUGCUGCAAGGCCUGGGUCAACGCGCGCCGCACCGAGUACUGCGAGUUCCACACCAACGAGGCAGUCCGCAAAGCUCGCAGCUCCCGUAUCGAGCUGAGCACGACCGCCGGCUUCGGCGGUGACGGCCCGCGCGGGCGGUCCAACUCGCGGCAAAUAUUCGCCCGGUCCGAGGAAGAGCGGCAGCGCGGCUACUACGACCGCGCAACACAAAGCCAGUACUUCGUUAGCACUGCCCACCGCUCCACCGACCCGGACGACGAGCGAAUUACCGGCAUCGCCGAUCGGAAAGAGCGUGAGGAGAACCUCAAGCGCCGCCUCGCCCAGAGGGAAAAAGAGCGCGACAUCGCCCGCCGCCUGAGCGAGAUGGGGGCCGGCGCCGGCAAGGAGUACAUGUCGCGCGCAGCAUCCCGCCGCACCGCCACUACCACUACUACUUCCGGUGCGGGCCUCGGAUCCAGCUUCUCCUCCGCCACAUCCUCCUUCUCCUCCACCUUCCCAACGUCAUCGGCUACCACCUCGGCCACCUCCAUUGGCGCCUCGACAAACUCCUUUCAACACCCAGACAAACAGCAGCAGCAGCAGCAGCAGCAGCAACAAAAAGAGCAGGAACGCCCAAGGUGGGACGCCCGCGCCCUGGGGCUCGUCGGUCGCCGCAGCGCAGACCAGCCCAAGAUCGACCUCGGCCCAGCGCCCACUGCCACCACGACGACGACGGCGCCCACCAAGCGCAAGCGGCCCGAAUCGUCCAGCUCGUCCACCGUCAGCGGGGCCACGCAGAGGGGUGGCGGUUCUCAGGAGGCCGGCAGCAACAACAAUACCAGGGCCCCUCUGGGCUGGGGCCCGGGCCUCAGGGAGAAGCUGAGCAGGAUGCGGGAGGGGGAGAGGCUGGACGGGCGGAAGCCGGGCGCGACGGCGACGGCGACGGAGACGGACCGCCCGGCUCCUACCAUCUCAGCCGCAGCCGCAGCCGCCGCCGCAGCCGCCGCCGUUCUCGGAACGGGGGGCGGGAGUGCGGUGGCGGCGAGGAGGGGGGACAAGUCGCCCGUCAGGAAGAAGACGCGCUUCGUCACGGACAAGGGGAUCCGCGAGGCCGGGAGAGACAGCCUCGGGGAGCCUCUCUCGGCGGCCGUCAAAGCCAGACGGCAGGUGCUCCUGGAUGACGACGACGACGACGACGAUCUGAUCAUCGUCAAAUGAGCUGGUUAUCAGUGCUUCUUCCCUUUGGGCGGGCUGGGGGAUGAGGAGAAAAAAGGAGAGAAGAAA